AUGUAUAGAGCCGACAGGGGCUCGUACGACGAUUCUGGGCGGAAAGGAUUCCGUGGGACCGAGGAGAACAGCAAGACCAGGCUGUGCACCAGGUGGCUAGAAGGCAACUGCAGGUUUGGCAAUCGCUGCAACUUUGCACACGGCGAGGCGGAGCUUCGAGGGCUCCCCCCACGCUCCCGUGGCCCAUCAGGGGGGCCAUACUCCCAGACGCCCGACGGCGAGCACUACUUCCACCACCGAGAACGGAACGAGACGCAGUGGGAUCCGCCCGCCGGGUGGACAGGCACGACAUGA